UUUAAAAUUGCGUAAGGACCAGCUGUGUAUUUGAUUAAAGUCAAGAAAUGUAUGCUAUGGUGUAAAAUAACACAUCCUGCUGUCACGCCUUCGUGUUUGCUAUUCUCUGAUUGACAGCUUCAACACCGCCCAGUUGGAAGGACAAUCCUCAUUCCCAUGGGUUUCGGCAUCCAAACGCAAACAAAAGUUGGAGAAGUAGCCUAGUUGAGACAGCGCAUGGCAACGACAGAGUGCUGGACAGAGAGAGUGUAGAUUUAUAUAAUUUUUUUUAUAUCAGCUGUACAUAUGGAUGCUCUUAAGUCCGCGGGGAGGGCUAUUAUUCGUAGUCCAAGUAUGGCCAAACAAUCUUGGAAUUCAGGAAAACACAAAAAGCUUCCGGAGAAUUGGACAGACACAAGGGAGACCAUCCUGGAGGGCAUGACCUUUAACCUCAGGCACCUGGGGAUGACCCUGGUGGACCAACCGAAAGGCGAGGAGCUCUCGGCGGCAGCUGUCAAACGCAUUGUCGCCACAGCCAAAGCAAGUGGGAAGAAACUCCAAAAAGUUGCUUUAAAAGUUUCACCUCAGGGAAUUAUCCUCUGUGACUAUGCAACCAAACAGCUGAUCGAAAAUGUGUCUAUAUACAGAAUAUCCUAUUGCACUGCAGACAAGAUGCACGACAAGGUGUUUGCCUACAUCGCCCAAAACCAACAGAACCAGACUCUGGAGUGCCAUGCAUUCCUCUGCGCCAAAAGAAAAGUGGCUCAAGCAGUGACUCUCACUGUGGCUCAAGCCUUCAAAGUUGCUUUUGAGUUCUGGCAGGUGGCCAAAGAAGAGAAAGAGCAGCGGGUAAAGUCCAGCUCUGUCCAAGAAGUUACCGACAACGCCCAGACAUGUCCAGAGAUGUCCACCAAUUUACAGGGACCAGAUGUAGCUACAGGGAAUCUGUUGGACUUUGAUAGCUCCUGUAAGAUUGUGGAUGAUGUUGACAAUCGAAAGAACCUUGUGACUAACCUCAACAGGCCUGAUAACAACAACACCAUCUGGGAAAUUGAUGAUGGCUUGGAUGAAGCGUUUUCAAGCUGCAGUUUGGAUAACUUUCGGUCUUCUUCAGACUGGCAGAGGCUCGUACUAACCCCCAGGUCCUGGACAUUGGGGUGACUCCUCUGGACUGGAACACGGACCCCGACUGGGACAAAGCCAAUGGGAACCCCCCCAGGUCAGAUGACCCGUUUGGGUUCUGAGAACCAGACCAUGGCAAGGCACUCUGGAGAUGAAAGCAUAGAUGGGAACAGAGGUCACAGUGUAUGACACCAUCUUUGGAAUGCCCACUGCUAAGAAUGACAAUGAAUAGAUAGCACUUUCAUUCUUUAAUAGUCAACCAAUGUAGAGCUUUGCUCACCAUGCCAAUAUUAUGUAGAUGUUACUUUUAAAGCUGGACGACCUCAGCAUUCAUACAUUUUCUUGAUUGGAUGAUUUUACUCAAGGAUCUUAUUCUCACUUGUAUUUAACUACAUCAGUAUUAUUUAGAUUUGCAUAUAUUUAUCAGUUCUUCCAUAGUCCUUACUGUAGCGUAAACAAACAUGCUAUGAUGACAGUUAGAGCAGUGUAUAAAUGGCAAUCACGGACUAAUCACUGAUUUAAAUUCCGUUAUGAAUUAUUAUGAAUAUAUCAAAUGCUAUAUUUUUGAGUUUAUUUUGUAAUAAAAAAACUUGAACAUAACCUUAAAAUUGAAAACAAGUGCUUCCCUCUCUCACAGAGAGGAUUCUGCAGCAGUUUGAAUAAUACAUUUCUGUAUUAUAUUGAUAACUAAAUAAAUAUACAAUUUAAUAAUGA